UCAAUAUGACCGCUGCUUCUACAGCAGCUAGCAGCCUUCCUCCUGUACGGACAUCUUGUCAUGUACCACUUUCUCUGAUGACAUCAAUAAGUGAAGAGACAAUUGCACUUUGGUUGAAACUCGGUGCCUUAGAGAAGCUGGAGCAAGCUGUUUUAGAUGGUUAUGGUGAUCAACUUUGCGGUAAAACUUCCAGAAUCCCUCAGGUCAAUAAAUUCUUAAAACAAGUGCCACAAUUUCAGAAUAAGAUUCGAGAGAUUCAUUUAGCAGUUUCUCAAGGCAGGCUUAGAGAUGUUCAACACCUGAUUGACAGAAAAAAGCUAGCAUUUUGCAGAGAUCACAAUGGUGCAAGUCCACUACACAAAGCGGUCAUUUUUGGUCACCAAGAUGUCAUUGAAUAUUUAGUAAGGAGAUAUGGUGGCGUCAUUCACAUCAGAGACCACCAAGGUCGAACAGCUCUGCAUUAUGCUGCUUUUUUACCGGAUAGAGGAGAAAUCUAUCAAUAUCUUUUAGCUUUAGGAGCUGACGAGAGAGCGAUGGAUGUGUAUGGCAGGCAACCAAGUUAUUAUCUUGAUGGACAAAAUGAAAGCACCUUGCGGCAAUUAAGAGACGGAUCUUCAUUAAAUGGCAUUAGGAAAAUCAAGCCAAGAUAUUAUGGACAAGUUUCUACUGGUCAAACUUUUCCAAAUGCUAACAAAUCCACUGUAAGUAAAUCACAAAUCAGGGAACUAAUAUCUGAAGGAAACAUUAGUGCAUUAGAGGAAUUAGUUUUACAAGGUCAAGGUGAUAGACUUCUUGGAGAAACUUCUACUAUUCCAAAACUUCAAUCUUUUUUAAAUAUUGUGCCAAUGUAUAUGGAACGCAUUUAUGAUGUUCAUAGAGCAGUUAUGAGAGAUCAGUUAGAACAUGUAGUAAUACUCUUGGAAAAUAGAAAAUUAGCUUUAGCUCGAGAUCAACUCGGAGCAACACCUCUUCAUAAGUCUAUAUGGUUUGGUCAUUAUAAAAUAGCCCAUUACAUCAGCAAUCAAUUUCCAGAAACUCUGAAUGCUUUGGACAUGGAAGGAAGAACAGCAUUACAUUAUGCUGCAGCAUUAAAAGACAAUAAAAAUAUGUAUGGAAUUUUAAUUGAAGCCGGAGCAAACAAGGGAAUAUACGACAAUAAAGGAAAAUUGCCCGAUUAUUACAGUCAGUAUCCAGAGCAUUUGAAUUUGGAAGAAGUUAUCAAAAGGUGUCACAAAGUAAAUGCUAAUUAUCUCGCAAAUACUGCAAGCAGAAUAAAAGGAAAAUCUCCAGUUAGACAAACUCCACCUCCAAGUAACGAAAAUCUAAGCAGUCCCAGAUCUGAAGAAAACAAUGUAUCCAGUAAAGAAAAUAGUCAAAGCAAUGAAAGUGGAAAUGAAAAUAUAGAACUCAUCUCACUUCUUCAAAAAGAAAAACUCUCAAAACGUGUAGAUAUCAAUAGUGCAAAUAUAAGAAGAUGGGUUUCUUCGAAAGAUAUGGAAAAGCUAACUAAAGCCGUCAUGGAAGGUUAUGGAGAAAAGGUUGUUAAAGUUCAUACAACUGAUGAAUCAGAAGAUAAGGACGAAAUAGGACAUAAAAUCACCGAAAUGGUUGAUCGUGUGAAUGCGAUUCAUACAGCUGUUUCAAGUGAUGAUUUGAAUGAACUUCAAAACCAACUUGAUGAAAAAGAUUACGCUUUAGCAAAGGAUCAUAUGGGAAUGACACCUUUACAUAAAGCAGUUCUCCUAAGAAAACCGAAAAUCGUUCAAUUUUUAAUCGAAAAAUUUCCUGAAACCAUUAACGCAAAAAAUAAGACUGGUCUUACUGCCUUACACUAUGCUUCCGCAAUGUCUCGUAAGGAUGGCCAGCAGCUGUACAAGAUGCUUCUUCAAGCUGGUGCAGACCCUAAAAUCAGAGAUAAUCAUGGGAGGACGCCUGAUUAUUAUAAAACUCACCUUAUAACUAUGCCAAAUAAAGGAAUAAUGAAGAGCCGACCUGCAGGUGGUAGAGGAACUGAAACACUAAAUCGCUUUAGUAGGCAUGGUGUCCUUGAAAGAAUGACUGCUGCUCUUCAACGAGGAGAUGUUGAACUACUUCAAGAACUAGUACUUGAAGGACAUGGUAAACACUUAUUAGGAAAAACUUCCUGGCAUGAUGAUGUCAAAAACUUUCUCAAAGAGCUUCCUUUAUAUUUGAAUAGUAUCCAGUCUUUUCGAGAGUCUAUCAAAAGUAAUGACCUGGAACAACUUAAGACAAUACUCAGUAAAAAUGAAAAUCUAAUGCGAGCUAAAGAUGAAUCGGGAGCUUUUCCUAUUCACCUUGCUGCAAGUGUUGGGUCUUCUGAUGUUCUUGAACAUUUUGCCAAAAAUUAUCCAACUCACCUUAAUAUUAAGGAUUCUGGAGGCCGGACUGCACUUCAUAUAGUAAGCCAAAAAGGAAAUCAUACACUGCACAAACUACUCAAAGAAGCCGGUGCCAACUCUAAAAUCCUUGAUUUGAAAGGACGAUCAGCUGACUUUUAUCUUCAAUCUCAUAAAUCUGACAUGAAAAUUAAUGGUGAUAUAUAUAAAAUUUCUCCAAACACUAGUUCAGACAGCAUGUACUCUAAUUCAAGUUCAGAGGGAAAAUAUAAGAAAUCAUCCAAAUACACAAGAAGGAAAAAUUCCAUAUUCUUUCAAAAUGCAAAAAAUAAAACUGGUGUUGUAUCUGAGGUUUCUGAAGAUACUGACCUUCAGGUCAAUCCAGAAUCCAGAGAAAAUGAAACAGAAUCAGGUGAAGUUAGAGAGUCAAGAGAGUCAUCAAAUGAUGACCUUGAUGAUUCAGCAAACUGUUCGGAAGAUAAAUUAAGUGAUAGUGAUGAAAAAGAUGCUAUUGAGGAAGAGGAAACGAAUGAAAGUUUACACAAUGAUAUUAAGGAAGAAAAUGACGAAGACGCUGGUGUAGAAGCGGAUUUAAUUGAAUCAAAUGAAGAUGAAGCAGCUGUUGAGGAAGUAGAGACCCAAACUCAGGAAGAAGAAAGCGUUGACGAAACUACAGCAAAUGAAUUAAGUGCCGAUCCUACUGAAAAUCCCGAAAAAGAGGAGAAAGAUAUAGAAACAACUGAAGAUAAUGUUGCAGAAUCAGACGAUGUAAAGGAACCUGAAGAAAAAUCGGAAAAUGCAACAGAAAUUGAUGGAAAUGAGGAAGAAAAUAAAGGUGAAGAUGACAAUGAAAACAAAGAGGAUGAUUCAGAAAAUACUAAAGAUAACGAGGAAGACAAAGUUGAAGACUCAGAAAAUGUCGCAGAAAAUCAAGACGAAGAAAAGGACGAAAGUGUUGAAAUAGAUAAAGACGAAAAUGAAGCAGAAGAUGCUGUGGGAAACGUUGAAGCAAACGAAGAAGAAGCAGAGGUGCAAACAGAAGAAACUGCCGAGAAUGUUGUACAAACUGGCAACGAUGAAGAAGAAAAUAUUGACAAACCUGCUGAUACUGAAGUUAAAGAGCAUGAGAACAUUGAAGAAAAUGCUGAUGAGGAUCCCAUUCCAGAAGAAAGCACGGAGGCAUCAUCGAAAAACUUUGAAGUCAUCACUGUUGCUGAAGUAGGAAGUGGUAAUCCAGAUAAUGCUGAAAAUAUUGAAGAAUCUGAGGAAAAAGAAGAUGAAAGUAAAGAUGGGGAAGAAAAUAAUGAAGAUGAAGAACCUAAAGUUGAGGAAGAGCAUAAAGAAGACGAGGAAACUAAAGAUGAGGAAGAACAUAAAGAAGACGAGGAAGAACAUAAAGAAGACGAGGAAACUAAAGAUGAGGAGGAAAAUAAUGCCGAUACUGAAAAUAAAGACAUUAAUGAAAAUAUUGAGGCAAACGUGGAUAAAAAUGAGGAGCAAGAGGCUUCAAAUGAAGAAACAAUAGAUCAAACCUGCUCAGCUAAAGAAGAAAAUGAGAACAUGGAAAAUAAUGAUACCGAUAAUGUUGUAAAUGAAAAUACGACUGAAGGAGAAACUGCCCCAGACACCCAAGAAAUUACAGAAGACGUUCUCGAAGAAAAUCCCUCAGAAAAUCAAGAAGCAGUAGAAAAUACACCAAGUGAAGAAAAAGAAGAAAAUGAAAAAAUAGAAGAAAAUGAAGCGACCGAGGAAAACAAUGAGCUUGAUACAAAUAAUGAUUCUGAAGCGAAAGACAUUAAAGAAGAAGAAAACACGAAAGAGGAAGAACAUAAAGAAGAACCGAACGUGGAUUUGCAAAGUAAUGAAAACACGGAUGAACAAUCUGAAAAUGCCACUGAAACAGAACAAAAUAAUAGUGAAACCACAGAUAAAAAUCCAAGGGAGGGAUCCCAUCAGACAAAAGAUCAUCUAGAUGAGUUGAUAGAACAUUGGAUAAAAGAAGGAGACUUGCUAAGAUUAGAACAUGUUGUGCUAGCUGGACAAGGAGAUAGACUAAUUGAGCGAAUGUCGGAUGAUAAACAAGUUCAAGAUUUUUUAGAUCUUGUUCCAAUUUAUAUGGCUAAGAUACGAGCUGUUCACGAAGCCGUAGCUAAAGGACAAUUAAGAGAAGUGCGUUCAGUACUUACCAGAAAACGAUUCGCCCUUAGUAGAGAUCAUGUUGGUGCAAGCCCUCUACAUUUAGCAGUUCUUCAUGGACAUACGGAUGUAUCCGCUUAUAUAAUCUCGCAUUUUCCUGAAACUAUGGAUGGUCCUGAUAACGAAGGAAGAACGCCACUUCAUUACGCUUCUGCUCUUCCUGACAACGGUACUUUGUAUAGAUUACUAAAAUCAGCUGGUGCUGAUGAAAAUAUUGAAGAUAAAGCAGGUCACAAUGCCAAGUAUUACUUGACCCACCCAAAUACCUUGGCAUUAGGGAAACUUCUAGAACCGUAUGCAAAACACGAAUGAAACUCAAUAUUUCCAUAAUUGAAAAGUGCGAACUGAAAUUUCCUUUUAAACAACUAUUGGACGAAGAAGCCAUUUAAAAUGAAUCAAAGAAAGAGCUCCGCUUGUCAAAAACAUGUAGCUGGAAGCUUAUUGAAGUUAAUAAUAACUCUUCUCUGCACACUUGUCAACAAGUAGAUUACAGAUGAAGUUUGGAAAAGUUCCUUGCAGUGUAAGUCAGUAGCAUUAAAGCACUGAUAAUGCGAUGAUUGAACUGAGAAUUGUUUUUAUUGAUAUUUUUAUCAAAUUUCUAUCUUUGCUUAAAAUUUAUUUACAUGUUU